CUUAAUAUUUAAACAUUGCACACAAGAUUAACCAAAAUACCAAACACACUCACAUAGACACAGAUACAAUAACUAAAACGAAAUAAGCAAAAUAAAAAAAAUCAACAAAUCCAAUCAUCCAAAUAAUUGACAGACAAGUGUGCAUCGGAAAUAAAGCGACGCAAAAAUGAAUGCACGAUCGCAAGUAUUUGAAUUGGCAAUGGAAGGCCAUAUGGUCGACGAGGCAUUAGCCAGUAUCUUUCAUACGAUUCUAUUUCAUCGAAGUUUAGGGAAAUUUGUAUAUAAUGGCGAGACCACUUAUUCAGUUGGUUCGGUUGGUUUUACCGAUGUCGAUUGCAAUUUCUUUGACAUGACCUAUGUUUGCUGUACAUGCGAAGCCCUCGAUAAAAUGCUUAAAGACGAAAUUCAUGCAUUUAGCGAACAAUUGCGCAGCAAUGAUAGUCUUGGCGCCGGUCAAAUAACGUUAGAAUUUUUUGAAAAGAAAAAACGUUGGGUGCGCACACCCGAAUCUGUACCAUGGGAAAUUUGGACCGUUCAUAUGGAAUUAAUUCAUGUUAACGAUCCGGAUGAACGUUGCUUUGAACGCGAACGGGUUGGUGAACUGUUGACCGAUAAAAUUCUUUACAUCUCAAAUUUGAUGAACAAGCAAGAUUAUUUGCCGAAAAUGCCUAGCCAAUCUGAAUUGGACUUUGUGUUUGAUACAUCAUAUGAAAGCGUACAACCGUAUUUAUUUAAAUGUAAAUACAGUACGGCCGGACCGAGUGAAUCGUCCGUCGGACAUUCAAUGAAGAAAUUCAUUAAAGAAACCCUCUCGCUUUGACUAUUAGCAAUUCGAAUUGUGCUACAAUACUUCCUCAUGUUUUAGAAUUUAUUUCAUCUUUUUUUUAAUUGUCGUACAUAAAUGUUAAUUUUUUUUACUACAAAAUUCAAAUUAGCGAGUAUUUUAUAUACUGGACACAUACAUUUAUAUAUUUUUUCUAUUUUCUGAAGAAAAUUUAACCAUUUUUUUUAAAUUCAACUCCAAUUUGAAAUCCACUAUUUUUCAUUUUUGAUAUACACGUAAUUUUGUUCUCAUAUCGAUUAGAUUGCUAUUUGUAAGUGAAAAAUAAUAACAAAAAAUAAAAAUAAAAACAACACACAAAAAAAAUAUCAUGAAAAAUGUUCUCUGUAGAAAUUAAAUUUAUGCAAUUUAACAAGAAGAAAAUAUAUUUAAAAAAAAAGAACAAAGAAGAGCAAAUGAACAAGUUUGUUCAGCGGGUAUCUCGCCAACUUGUUUAUUUUCAUGCAAUCAAAUCAACGCAUCAUAGCCAAUUCCAAAGAUUUUUUGGCGGCCUGAUAAAAACAUAAAAUAAAAUGUCUUACAUCCGUAAGAUGAACUUUUCCGCACUGUGAUCCACGACAUGAAAGAAAACUAAAUCUGACAUUAGUUU